GCGCAAAUCAGAUGCGCACAACUUUCAUCACAAAGACUUCAAAGCGAAAAAAAUGUAAAUAAACCUACAGACCAUGACAGACCUUUUGAAAGAUAUUCUAUAUGGAAUCAUUCAUGGCUUUAGAGACAGUAUUUUAGGUACUGUAAAAAUAUUUAAACUGGAUAAUCAGAAUGAAGAAGAAGAAAGUGAUAGAUCAUCAGAGCCUAUGACAACUCUAGCAAGGAGGAGGGCAGAAAAAAGGAAAGACAAAUCCUCCAGUCAAAAACAGCAGAAGAAUCCAAGAGUACUACAGAGAUUAUUUCUGUGUUGUGGUUGGAAUGGAGGAAUCUUUUUAGCUAGUAUAUUACUAUUUAAUUAUGUACUGAUACCAGUAUUACAGUGGUUCACAGAACUUAUAUUUAGUAGCUCUGGUACAGAAGUUAGUGUAUGGUCAUAUAUGGUACCUGUAUUGUCAUGGACAUUUAGUGCUCUCUGGAUUUUACCUUUGUUUGUACUUAGUAAAAUAGUCAACUGUUUUUGGUUUCAGGACAUUGCUGAUGCAGCAUAUGUUAAAUCCAGGGGAAAGCCACAGUUGUUAUAUAUAAGUACACUUAUAGCAGACAUGUCUUUCAGUCUAUUGAUACAGGCACUCUUCCUAAUACAGAGUACAGCUGCCAGUUUUCUACCUAUUCCUAUGGUUGGGACAAUUGUUGGUUUAGUACACAUGUGCUUGUUACAUUCACUGUACAGUUUUGAGUAUAAAUGGUUUAAUAUGGGUUGGGAAGUACAUAAGAGAUUACAGUAUAUAGAAAAUAGAUGGCCAUAUUUUUGUGGAUUUGGUUUACCUCUAGCUUUAGUAACCUCAUUCCAUCCUUCUGUUGUUAUCAGUGGAUGUCUGUUCUCUAUCCUGUUUCCAUUGUUUAUUGUAAGUGCCAAUGAAGCAGAGGAACCACAACAGAAUUUUGAUUUCCCAUUAAAGCUGUUUUCACUAGUAGUCAGUAUAUCCAAUAGUCUAUACAGUUCUUUGUUUAGAAAGCCAGGCACUGCCAGUAAGCCAAAAGAGUCAACAUCACAACAAUCAAGUGACUCAAGGUCAUCUCCAAGGAGACACAUCAGACUACCCGAGAGUCACAGAUAACCAUUGCCAAACUGUAGUACAUUAUUUAUAUUUAUGCUUAUUUUCAAUGUCACAAUCCAAUCCAGCAAUAAUUGAUCUCCAAAUAUAUGUGGAUCAAACAGUUUAUAAAGGAAUUUUAGUAUUUGAAUGUAUAGCCUGGUUUUUUUUUCUCCUUGUAUCUUAUUUUACAACUCAACGCCUGUUGAUUUUUUUUGUAUAAGGUAUUUACUUAUCAUAUUUAAGCAAAUAGUACACUGAAGAGAAAAUGCCACAUUCUGUGUUCAUUAUACUAUUCGAAUAUGAAUUUUUAAAAUGACUGAAACUGAUAGAGCAAAAUUCUCACUAAAAUUUGAAGUCAAACAUUGCAAAAUGAACAAGCUUUAGCUAUUUGAUGUUAAGCAUAAUUUAAUGGCUGAACUAAAAAAUUGUUUGAAAUAAAGUAAAAAAAAUGCAGGAAUAAAUUAUGUUAAUGGAAAAAAAAUCUUAGUAGAUUUUAUGUAAAUUAAGGGGGUACAGAACACUUAAGGAAGUUAACUCUUUAACAGUCAGCUGAAUGUUUUAAUCACAUACUGUAAGUAGAUAGAAAUCAACCUUCUCAAUGAAUAAAAUUAGUGUUUGUCAAACUACUACACUGUAUAUACAUAAUUUCUUGCUUGCACAGCUGAAGAUUGACCAAUGAGAUAAUUAGAUUGUGUUUAUCUUUUUAAAUAUUGGAGUUGAAGCAGGGACAAAUCCUCUGGAUUUACCUUAUAUAAUUAUGCAAAUUUAAAGAUUUAUUUAUUUUUUUGUUGAAUCACUAAAAUUUAAUUUGAGAUCGAUUUUGCAAAUCUCCUGAUUAUAUUAGACAUGGAUUCUUUGUGAUAUCUUUUACCAUUUUGUUUUAAAUUGGAGUUAAAAAUUGUUAAUUCCCAUUGAGUUUGAAGUCAAACCUCGAGAAUCUCACCACCUAGAAAUUUGAAGUGCCAAGAUGUUUGAAAAUAUGUAUAUCUGAUGAAAUUAAUCCUGUAAAAUGUAUGAUUAAAAUUUCUUGAAAUUUUUAUAUUUUUGUCAACAAGUCAAAGUUAAUAUUUUGUGUGAAAGUUUUAUGAAAAUUAAACUAGCCAAAUAUAUCUUAGUCAAAGUGUUUGGUACCCCCUUAAAGUUGUUAUUAAUGAACUGAAUUUGAUGUAUCUGUUGUGUGUGUGUAAUUUUAUGUAUCUGUUGUAUGUGUGUAUGGAUGUAUCUGUUGUAUGUGUGUAUGGGUGAAUGUUAGUGAUAGAAGAGAGAAUGAUAAAUGUUUUAAUAAAAAUGUAGUUUGAAAAAUAAAAUAUUUGUCUGGUUGUUAAUUGCCUGCAGAAUACAAA